AUGGUUGCCAGCUCUCCAGCCUCGAUGGGAUCGUCCUCCGCCCGGCGAGUAAGCUCCUCGUCUCGAGACAGCACGGAAGCUCUUUCAGCUCAACGUCUGUCAUGCGAGGAGUGUCAGAAGCGCAAGAGCAAGUGCGACAAGCAACUUCCUUGCUCUGUGUGCAAGCAACGUGGUAUCGCUUGUACUCCCGCUUAUCACGAUCCCCACAAGCAAAGGAAGAAGCGCUUCGCGGAGAGAGAACUCCUCGACCGCAUUCAGAAGUACGAGGCUCUUCUCACCUCUGCUGGCGUUGACAAGGAUCAAGAUGUCUCUGCGAUUGAUCUAUCGUCUGCGGGGUCCGUUCCAAGAAAACGCACGAGGCGCUCGUCUUCGGAGGUGACGUCUUCGCCGGGUCUGCGUUUCAACAGUCUCACGGGUCGACCGAGGGUGUCAGAAGCCGAUGCACCCCCUUCCCCACCGCACACGUCUAGCAUCGAUCCUGACAUUAACCACCUCGAAUCGAUCCUCGAGACCGUCACCCCGCUCAAGGCGCCCUCGAUCUACACGCCUGCGAGCUCUGCUCAUGGCGUCCCGCCUCCGCACUCGUCUCCUGUAGUAUGCCACUCGAGAAAUGCGCCUGCGACUGACGUAGUUUCUGCCGCUUCCGCACCCGAUCACACGGUCUCGUCGACGCUCGUGAUCCACAAGCACCUCGAUCUCAUGUUCAAAGACGACGGAUCGAGCUACUUCCACUUUGACGACCACUGUCCCGGCCAGCCUCUCCAGCAUCCCGAAACAAGCCUCAUGUUCCGCCUGCUCCACCUUUACGAGCAGAACAUCCACCCUCUCGUCCGGGUCGUUCACAUGCCGAGCGUCCGCGAGCGGCUCUGCGACAUCACCGCCGAUCCUGCAGCCGCCAACGCUCAAGACCAUGCCAUCUUCUUCGCCAUGUAUACCGUCACCAUCGGCACGCUGACCGAAGACGAGUCGGAACGCCUCUUCGGACGCGAAGAGAGAAAGGUCAUCUGGGAACGACACCGCCGCAACACGCAGACUGCGCUCUGCCGGGCCGACCUGAUGAGGUCCUCCAGCCUAGGACCCGUCCAAGCCUUUAUGCUGUAUCUGCUGACUUUGUGCAAAGACGUCGAUCCACGCUCCUACGGCAUCUUCACUGGCAGCGCGACGCGGAUGGUGCAGCGCUUGAUGGUGUUUCGACAAUCGAGCCGGCUUACCCUGUGGCCGGCUGCUAGCAACGUCACGCCCGUUCAUCAGGAGAUGGCCGUGAGGCUGUGGUGGGAGGUCCUCUUCUGCGACAUGCGCGCGUGCGAAAAGUCGGGCAUCUCCAUCAGCGCCUCGUUGGCAACGGCGACCACGCCCCUGCCCCGCAAUGCUUCCGAUGCCGACUUGGACCAGAUCGCUGCUGCCUCGACUGCACCUGCUCCAAACGCUAUGCUGCAUGUCCCAAACACAGAAUGCCUCUUCAUCCUGCUCCGAGCCGAGAUCGCCCAGUUCCAGCUCCACCCGCCGUGGUCGCAACAGCAUCCCGACCACCACCUCGCCAACCAUCCCUUCCGCUCCACCCAGCUGUGCAAGCAACUCUUCUCCCGCGCCUCGUGCCAAACCUCCACCCUCGCAUGUCGUCUCGCCGCCGUCGACGCCUUUGACACGUACAUCGCCACGCGCUACUUCUCCCGCCCCGAGACGGCCAGCAGCACGUUGGUCCGGUAUGCGCAGCAUCACGCGCGCACGUGGAUCUCCAAAAUCCGCCUCUUUGUGCACCUCAACCAGCGAUCCGUCGAAAACGAUGCCGAGGUGAUCCGCAUCUGCACCGUACAGAUCGAGCUGGCGGCCAAGCUGAUCGAGACCAAGGAGUUUGUGCGCUACCAGUGGUAUACGUACCAGCAGCUGCCGUUCUUCUCGUUUGUGAUCCUGUUGGAUCUGCUGCGACGGCAUACGAGGGGCGGGCUGGUGGAUCAGGCGUGGAAGGCGAUAGAGGGCAGCGCGGUCAUCUGGCGUCCCGACAAGGGGAAUAGCGUGGUGAAGGACCGCAGUCGAGCGACGCCGAGCACGUCGCAGAGUGGAGGCACAGGAGGAGAGGGUGCGACGCCGAACAUCUACGCCAACUGGACGGAUCAGAACGAUUCGCGCAAGCUGCAGAUUCGAGGGACGAUGCUCGCAGCGCUGCUGGUGGCGGCGUGGGAGAAGCGUGCGCAGGCGGUGGCGAGUGAGUCGCCGACGGGACGUGUGCCGGAUGAGCCGGCGAUCGUGGCUGCCAUGCGGUCCGCUGCAAUCAAGCACCACGACUACGCCACUGCGACGGGUGCGCACGAGACAGCGACGCAGGGGAAUUCGGCCGACCAACAAGCGGCCUACGACCUCGCCAGCUUUGCAGCGGCGCAGCCGGACACACAGUGGCAAGGGGGCGCAGCAGAUCCAACCGCUUUCAUGGCUUUCCUCGAUCCAUCGCUCGCAACAUCGUCGGCGACGGUGGACGACAUGCUCAAUCUCAACUCGCUGCUGCAAUCUAGCAUCGAUCUGGAUUGGAGCGGGUGGGUGCAUCAGAGCUGGGGCACGCCUGCGGAUAUGACGUCUUCGGCCGAUUUCAUACCUUCUCUCUAG